UCGCGUUGUACACUGUCUGACACGUCGACUUUUCUGACACUCGAUAUUUUAUUAAAAAAAAAACAUGUUUAUUAUUAAAAUUAUUGGAUAAAAUAACAAGUUAAUUAAUUAUUUUUAUAGAAAGUGUAGGAAUUAACCAAAAAAUCUAAAAAUGAGCAACGUUGUGGAACAAUCAUGUUACACGUUGAUAAACAUCGCGACGGAGUCGGAGCCGAUGAACGAGCUCCAGAUGAAGCAAGAUUUAGAGAAAGGCGACAUCCCUGUAAAAAUAGAAGCUCUUAAAAAAACAAUCCACAUGAUACUAAACGGCGAACGUCUUCCAGGACUGCUGAUGACAAUCAUAAGGUUUGUUUUGCCCCUUCAAGAUCACACGGUUAAAAAAAUGCUCCUUAUAUUUUGGGAAAUCGUCCCCAAGACCUCGCCAGAUGGUAAGUUGCUCCAGGAAAUGAUCUUGGUUUGCGACGCGUACAGAAAAGACCUCCAGCAUCCAAAUGAAUUUGUCCGAGGAUCAACACUGAGAUUUUUGUGCAAAUUAAAAGAGCCGGAGCUCUUGGAGCCGCUGAUGCCGGCAAUAAUCACUUGUUUGGAGCACCGUCACUCUUAUGUCCGACGUAAUGCAGUUCUUGCUAUCUUUACAAUCUACCGUAACUUUGAAUUUUUAAUCCCCGACGCUCCAGAAUUAAUCGCCAAGUACCUGGAGGGCGAGCAGGACAUGUCGUGUCGCAGAAAUGCAUUUUUAAUGCUGCUACACGCGGACCAAAGCCGUGCAUUGGCAUAUUUAGCUGCUUGCCUUGACCUGGUCCCGAGUUUCGGUGACAUUCUCCAGCUGGUAAUUGUCGAAUUAAUUUACAAAGUCUGCUUAGCAAAUCCUAGCGAGCGAGCCCGAUUUAUCCGGUGUAUCUACAGUUUAUUAAAUUCACCAAGCGCAGCUGUGCGUUACGAAGCCGCUGGAACAUUAGUUACACUUUCAAACGCUCCAACAGCAAUCAAAGCCGCUGCUUCAUGUUACAUCGAGCUGGUGGUCAAAGAAAGUGACAAUAAUGUUAAAUUAAUUGUCUUAGACCGUCUGAUUGCCAUGAAAGAGAGCCCGUCUCACGAAAGAGUCCUUCAAGAGCUUGUAAUGGAUAUUUUACGUGUCUUAGGAUCACCUGCCCUUGAAGUCCGCACUAAGACUCUUGCUCUGGCUAUCGAUUUAGUGACAACUCGCACUAUUGAAGAAAUGGUCCAGCUUUUGAAGAAAGAAGUAAUCAGAACAGCCGGAGGAGAGCAUGAAGAUGCCGGAAAAUAUCGACAGUUGCUCGUUAAAACAUUGCAUACUUGCUCUAUUAAAUUCCCUGAUGUCGCUGGGACAGUUAUUCCGGUCCUAGUAGACUUUUUGGCUGAAAACAACGAAGCUGCUGCUGCAGAUGUGCUUGAUUUUAUCCGAGAAGCUAUUCAGAGAUUCGAAAAUUUGCAGCCUUUGAUUAUCGACAAACUCUUGCAAGUAUUUUCAGAGAUACGAGCAGUUCGCGUUCAUCGUGGAGCUCUUUGGAUUCUUGGAGAGUACGCGACUUCUAAAGAGGAUAUCGAGAGUCUUAUGGCUCGUAUCAGAGUUGCUCUAGGUGAACUCCCACUUGUUGAAGCUGAAAACAAACGCCAGGCUGGGGAAAAACCACCGGAUGAAAAUUCUCAGCAGCAACAACCUCAGCUGGUCACUUCCGAUGGUACUUAUGCAACCCAGAGUGCAUUCAGUACAACCACCGGUAAAAAGGAAGAAAAACGACCGCCAUUGGUUCAGUACAUGAUGGAAGGUGACUUUUUCAUUGCCGCUUCUUUGGCAUCAACUUUAGCGAAACUCGCGCUGCGUUACAAGGAACUCGAGAGUAAUCCACAAAAGAGCAACCGAUUGCAAGCAGAAGCUAUGCUGAUUAUGUCGAGUUUGUUGCAGUUAGGUCGAAGUGGACUGCCAUCUAAACCUAUGACUCACGAUGACGCUGAAAGAAUUUCCGUUUGUUUAAGAUCUCUUGCUUGUCCGACGACAAUUGUUCAGAAAGUCUUCACCGAGGGUUGUCGCGAGGCUCUCGGGCAAAUGCUUAUGGCUAAAGCCGAGGAGGACUCGCAGACUCAAAAAGCUAAAGAGAAACCUGGAAAUAUUGUUCAGGUCGACGAUGCGAUACAAUUCUUGCAACUGAGCCGCAACAGCGACCUAACUGGCGGCCACGGUGAUGUUUUUGAGCAGAGUUUAAGCGCAGCUGUUGCUGGACGACCUGGAACUAGCGAUUCACCGGCUCCCGCUAGUGCCUUGAGCAAAGUAACACAAUUGACGGGAUUUUCAGAUCCGGUCUAUGCAGAAGCUCUUGUUCAUGUUAAUCAGUACGACAUUGUACUUGAUGUAUUGAUUGUCAAUCAAACAGAAGACACCUUGCAAAAUUGUACACUCGAACUGGCAACGAUGGGCGAUUUAAAGCUGGUAGAACGACCUCAGCCUAUUGUUUUAGCCCCCCGUGAUUUUGCCAGUAUUAAAGCAAAUGUAAAGGUCGCUUCCACGGAAAAUGGAAUUAUAUUUGGUAAUAUUGUCUAUGAUGUCUCGGGUGCUGGCUCUGAUAGAAGCGUCGUUGUUCUUAAUGAUAUUCAUAUUGAUAUUAUGGAUUAUAUUGUACCGGCUACUUGUACAGACACUGAAUUCCGGCAAAUGUGGGCUGAAUUUGAGUGGGAGAAUAAAGUAUCUGUUAAUACCACGCUUGCUGAUCUACGAGAGUAUCUUGCGCAUCUAUUAAAAUCUACUAAUAUGCGUUGUCUUACCCCUGAAAAGGCAUUGUCGGGACAGUGUGGAUUUAUGGCUGCAAACAUGUACGCUAAAUCGAUAUUCGGUGAAGAUGCUCUUGCUAAUUUGUCACUGGAGAAGCCACUGCAUAAACCUGACGCGCCUGUUGUUGGACACAUUAGAAUUCGCGCUAAAAGCCAAGGAAUGGCUCUGUCACUUGGAGAUAAAAUUAAUUUUGCACAAAAAGUCGUGCAAACUAAAGUUGUCCAAGCUGCUUAAUAAUA